GGCGCGGCCCAAGUCGGACUCCGCCGCCAUCGCCGCUGCUGCUCCCUCCCCGCCACCGGCGCCGGCCGACACCAUGAACCCCGACCUGCGCAAGGAGCGGGCCUCCGCCGCCUUCAACCCGGAGCUCAUCACGCACAUCCUCGACGGCAGCCCCGAGAACACCCGGCGCCGUCGGGAGAUCGAGGACUUGAUCGUGAAUGACCCAGAUUUCCAGCAUGAGGACUAUAACUUCCUCACGCGCAGCGAGCGUUACGAGGCAGCUGUCAAGAAGAGUGCCAUCAUGGUAAAGAAGAUGAGGGAGUUUGACAUUGCAGAUCCUGAAGAGAUCAUGUGGUUUAAAAACUUUGUGCACCGAGGGCGGCCUGAACCUUUGGAUCUUCACUUGGGCAUGUUCCUGCCCACCUUGCUUCACCAGGCCACUGCAGAGCAGCAGGAGCGCUUCUUCAUGCCCGCUUGGAAUUUGGAGAUCACUGGCACUUAUGCCCAAACAGAGAUGGGUCAUGGGACUCAUCUCCGAGGCUUGGAAACCACUGCCACGUAUGACCCCAAAACCCAGGAGUUCAUUCUCAACAGUCCCACAGUGACAUCCAUUAAGUGGUGGCCCGGUGGGCUUGGAAAGACUUCCAAUCAUGCCGUAGUUCUCGCUCAGCUCUACACUCAGGGGAAGUGCUACGGAUUGCAUGCCUUCAUUGUACCCAUUCGUGAAUUGGGGACCCACAAGCCUUUGCCAGGUAUUUCUGUUGGAGACAUUGGCCCCAAGUUUGGUUAUGAAGAGAUGGAUAAUGGCUACCUAAAAAUGGACAACUAUCGUAUUCCCAGAGAAAACAUGCUGAUGAAGUAUGCACAGGUGCAGCCAGAUGGCACGUAUGUAAAGCCUGUCAGUAAUAAGCUGACCUACGGGACCAUGGUGUUUGUCAGGUCGUACCUUGUGGGAGAAGCAGCUCGGUCUCUAUCCAAGGCAUGCACCAUUGCCGUCCGAUACAGCGCCGUGAGGCACCAGUCUGAAAUCAAGUCAGGGGAUCCAGAACCACAGAUUUUGGAUUUCCAAACACAACAAUAUAAACUGUUUCCACUUCUGGCCACUGCCUAUGCUUUCCAAUUCGUAGGCAGAUUCAUGAAAGAGACCUACUAUCGGGUUAAUGAGGGCAUUGGCCAAGGGGACCUGACGGAGCUGCCUGAGCUUCAUGCCCUCACUGCUGGACUUAAGGCUUUCACUACCUGGAUAGCAAAUGCUGGUAUCGAAGAGUGUCGGAUGGCUUGUGGUGGGCAUGGCUAUUCUCAUUGCAGCGGUAUCCCCAAUAUUUAUGUCACGUUCACCCCGGCCUGCACCUUCGAGGGAGAAAACACCGUCAUGCUGCUACAGAUGGCCAGGUACUUAAUGAAAAGCUAUAAUCAGGUGCUGUCGGGGAAGUUGGUUUGUGGCACAGUGUCCUACUUGAAUGACCUGCCCAGUCAGCGCAUCCAGCCGCAGCAGGUGGCAGCCUGGCCGACUGUGGUAGACAUCAACAGUCCUGAAAGCCUGACUGAGGCAUACAAGCUCCGUGCGUCCAGAUUAGUAGAAAUGGCUGCUAAAAACCUUCAGACUGCACUGAGUCAUAGGAAGAACAAGGAGGUGGCAUGGAACCUAACUUCUGUUGACCUUGUUCGAGCAAGUGAGGCACACUGCCACUAUGUGGUAGUUAAGAUCUUUGCAGAAAAACUCCUCAGCAUUCAAGAAAAAUCCAUCCAAUCUGUCUUAAAGAACUUAUGUCUCUUGUAUUCUCUGUAUGGAAUCAAUCAGAAGUCAGGAGAUUUCCUUCAGGGGAAUAUCAUGACAGUAUCUCAGAUUCCGCAAGUAAACCAGCGUAUAAUGGAGUUACUCACUGAAAUCCGCCCCAAUGCUGUUGCUCUGGUUGAUGCCUUUGAUUUUAAGGAUGUGACCCUUGGCUCUAUUCUCGGCCGCUAUGAUGGGAAUGUGUAUGAUAAUUUGUUUGAGUGGGCCAAGAGAUCCCCCCUGAACAAAACAGAGGUCCACGAAUCUUACUACAAGCACCUGAAGCCACUGCAGUCCAAGCUUUGAAGGGUCCUCAGGACAAAUAUGGUGUGCUUCCAAAAGCAUCUGUAUGCUGCUUCCUCCUACCUGAUGCACAAAUCUGCGUGGAAUCUUUAUCGAAUUCAUAUAACUGUAGAGCAAGUAGUGACUUGACCCCUAUCUUUAUAUAAAUUUUUUAAAUGAACAGAUUUCAGAGAUUAAAUUUUAAAAAAAUGUGUUUUAAGUGCAAUUAACACUGAAAGGGACUUGCUAAGCACUCGGAGAAAGCUUAAGAUACGCAGCAUGAUGGCUUCCAUUUGUAAUGCUGCUAGUGCCUACUGGUAGGCCAUGAUUUUUUUAUAAUUAGUAGGAUUUUAACUACUAAAUACUAAUUAUUUUCACAUUUUGAUUGCUAAUCACUGGUUAUGUGUUUUUAAACAAAGGUAUUUUAUGUGCAGUAGAACUUCCCUAUUGAACGAUUUACCACUCCAACCAUAGGGCCUGGCUUACAAGGCAGUACUGAAGACGAUUGGGGGAAAGAAAGUAACUGGAAAUCUUAACCUGAGAGUGUGCACUUGGCCCGUUUUCUGCCUGCUUCCCUUCUCUGCAGAAGUAUUGCUCCUAUCAUACUAGCAGUUUCCAACAAGACCAUCACUCACCCAUCCACACCCCAGGGAUUUCCUCCAGGAGCUCCGUCAUUACUCUAGGAGCACUGUACACCUUUUGUCCCCGGCUUGGUUGCUCAACAUAAUAGCUUUUGACUGUUGCUGGGCAUUCAGUCAGUGGUAUUUGAUCUCCUUCCUCUCUUGCCCUCCCCUAAUAGUGAGGAAGGAAAAUGAAUUGUUCAUUUUAGUAGGGAAAGCCCUCAGCUGUGACACUUAAUUUUGAUGACCUUACUAAAUUAAAUUGCCUGAGACAAUCUAGAUUUUCAUGUGGGCAUAAUCAUUAAAAUGAUAGUUACAUGGUGUUUGGCAUUUUAAAAAAAGGAAAACAAACAUUGCCUGACUUAUGAAAUGGUAACCAUGCUGUACAAUACCUUAAUAAUAAAAAUAAAGUUACUUUCUAAGAAAUAAAAACAUCUUACACACAGAAAUGAUACACAGAAAAAACCUUUCGUAGAAACUUUGUGUUCUGAUUUUUGGAUCCGAAAAUGUAAACAUUGGAAGUAUAACUAAAGAAUGAUUGGAAAUUCA